CCUACAUAUGUAAGUACCGUUAUACAAGGUAGUACACAGAUCAGCUUGAAUAGCUCGGCUCCCCCACAGGAUUCUAUGCCGAAAAUUCUCCAAAUUUCUGCAUCCCUCAAUAUGCCGUGCAUGGAGGUCCCGCUCACUGCGCCGGCGGGCGGUCAGAUCACCAGUCGAAUUCUUCGUUAUCGGGUCACGCGGUAUUAUGUUUGCGCCGUGUUGUCUACCAGGGAAGAUAGAGGAGAGAGAGCCUAGCCAACGCAUUGGAGUGUCAGCUUGCAGGGUCGUAGGGUCACAUUGCUUCACUACAGGGAGCUAAAACGUCCUCAGACCUGGGCUGGUAGGGGUGGUAGAGAAGUGGAAUCUCAAUAGAUGAUGUCGUGGAAUGCUAGGAUUCUAGCCUGCUUCUCCCACCCUAGUCAACAUCACGAGAGACAUAUAUGAAGCUCAUCGUGCCCAUUACGCCCGGGUCCAAAAAUGGCGUCCCCAUACACAUCCCCCCAAACCAAAAUAUCUCCCUUCGGGUCCCUGCUCGGAUCAUCCCGAGACUCUCGGCGCUCCAAUGGCUACGAUAAAGGCUGCUGUCCUUCUCGUGCUAUGUCAGCUCUACUGUCUCGUAGUCGCCGUUGACUCUACUGUCGAAUUAUCUUGCAACAGAUAUUCUGGCUACAGUACACCUAACGGCGUCUCCCAAUGGCUUGGUAUCCGGUAUGCCGCGCCGCCAGUCGGUGACCUAAGGUUCGAGCCUCCGCAGGAUCCACCAUGCAGCAAAGCAACACAAGAUGCGACUCAGCACGGCAAAGUCUGUCUGUCCACUGACGACUCUCCGCCAAGCGAUACUACAGCGGAGGAUUGCCUGUUUCUUGACGUGUACGCGCCGACGAAAGCGACGCCGAAAUCCAAGUUGCCAGUCUACUUUUUUAUUCAUGGCGGGGGUUUUAACACGGAUAGUAACCCCAACAUGAAUGGGUCAGGCCUGAUUAAAGCGAGUGACUACAAUAUUGUCGUCGUCACCAUCAACUACCGCGUGGGUCCAUAUGGAUUUAUCACUGAUGGCGAUAAGAUCAAGCCCAAUAAUGGACUGCGCGACCAGAGAAAGGCGCUUCAAUGGGUGAACCAAAACAUUAAGCAAUUUGGUGGCGACCCUGGCCACGUGGUAAUAGGCGGCGAUUCAGCUGGUGCUGCAAGUGUCAGUCUUCAAAUGAUCGCCUAUGGAGGCAAGGACAGCGGUCUGUUCCAUGGAGCCGCGGCCGAAUCCGUUUCUUUCGCGCCAGUACUUACGGUAAACGAAAGCCAGUAUCAAUACGAUAAUUUUACGGCUACUGCUGGAUGUUCUGGACCCAAUUCACUCGCCUGCAUGCGGAAUAAGACGGUCUACGAGCUUCAGGCCGCCAAUCACGGCGUACCUUAUCCCGGUCAGAAAAAGGCGCCGCUAUACAUGUGGAAUCCAGUUCUCGAUUACGAUAUAAUACGGGAUCACACAUACGACGAAUUCACCAACGGGAAUUUCGUAAAGAUCCCCUCAAUCUUCGGCGACGAUACCAACGGCGGAACCGUUUUCACGCCACAGAACACGUCGACAAUCGAGGAGAGCCAUGAAUUCAUGCUCGACCAAUUCCCAUACUUAACUCCGGAGCAGCUGUUGAAGCUCGACCUCAUGUACCCGAAUCCCAACACCACGUGCCCGAACACCGGCUGCUAUUGGCGACAAGUAUCCAAUGUCUACGGAGACAUGCGGUAUGCUUGUCCUACACUGUAUAUCAACGGCGCUCUGAUGCAACACGGUGUUUCUGGGUCGUAUAGCUAUCGAUACAAUGUCGAAGAUCCGGAUCAAGUGGCCCAAGGCUACGGCGUACCUCAUACCGCAGAGUUAGUCGCGGUCUGGGGACCUCAAAACACGGACGGCGACCCGCCAAAGAGCUACCUGAGCAACGGUACGAAUGUUGACGUGAUCCCGGUUAUCCAAGCCUACUGGACCAGUUUUAUCCGAACAUUCGACCCCAAUACAUUCCGACACCCUGGUUCGGCGACAUGGGAAAAAUUCAACCAGGCAAAACAAAACCGGUUACUGUUCGAGAAUGGUGGGAAGACGACUAUGGAGACAGUGGGUCUUGACAUGCAGGCUCACUGCAAGUAUUUUGCCAGCAUCGGCGUUGACAAUCACCAAUAAGGGGCAUUCCAAUUACGGAGUAUUUUGGUUCGGGGAUUACUCUCGUUCGGUGUGACAUUCAUUGGGGAUUGGAAAACCAUGGUAAACAAGCUACCACAAUAUCUUGCGGAUUCAGAUUUUAUUUCUAGAUGUAUUUACUUCACGAUACCCAUAUCUUUGUGAGUAGAGGGCGUUACGGAACGGCAAAUAUAAACCGCAAUACAGUUAUACACUUGCUAUAACCUGUCUACCAAUGUGUCUAGUAUUAGUAUCAUACAUCCAUGCUGAGAAUAGCUUAAUCGCUGCAGUAUCCCUCAGUGUUCACCAACUGCUCUA